AUGGAGGAGAAUACACCACAGUAUCACUCUCGCAUACAAGAAGUUGAAGAUGAGUAUAAUUGUUUUAUCCAUGAUUUCUAUGAAGUCUCUCAAGUUCCACCUAUGGGUGAUAUCAUCCAGUAUUUGUCCCUGUCUUCCAGACUCUUCCCACCCAAUGCUAUUCCUUUAAGUUCUAUCCAAGGCACCAAGUUUCAGAUGCUGUCAGGAUUCCAUUCUGAUCCUGACUUCCCUGGGAGGAAAGAUCCUCAAUGUCAGGAAUUUGUGAAAGGAAUCAUAGUAAGUCCUUUAUUUAAGAUCUUUAUGAUAACUGGCAUCACAUGUGAUGCCAGCCUUCUAGUCUUGUGGACCAACUAUGAAGCAAAAUAUCAUUUAUUCAGAUUAUAUGAGGUUUCACAGAUCUUCAUUAUAGCUGUCUAUGGUGUUGAGUUGUUCCUCAAACUCUAUGUGGACCCUGUUGGUUACUGGGCGAAUGGAUACAACCUGCUAGAUAUAUGCAUUAUGUUCAUUAUUUCCAUUCCCUAUACUAUGAUCAAUUUCAAAGGCCUGCACUAUCCCUACCUCAAAGUUGGCAAUGGCUUGCAGUCUCUGCGUGUUCUCAAGCUUAUCACCUAUAGCCAGGACAUUAGAACUCUUCUUUCUCCCAGGCUGCACAGUGAACAAUUUUUUAUCAGUCCCUUUAAUUAUACUGUCAAGAGUAUCUUGAAAAAUGCUGAUUAUGAAAGUUUCAGUGAUUUGGUGAAAAACUUCAAGCAGACCCUUCAGCAUGAUGAUCCAAUGGUCUUAGAUGACUUUGGCACUAGUAUGCCCUUCAUCGAUGUCUACCUGACCACUCUGGACAACCAGGAUACUACGAUCUACACACUCCAAGAGUUGUACUGUGAGAUCUUGCAUAUGCUCAGCCUCAUGCUGGAAGAAUGGAAUGAGAAUCAGGAGCCUCAGCCUGAGAAUCAGCAGCCCCAGCCUGAGAAUCAGCAGCCCCAGCCUGAGAAUCAGCAGCCGCAGCCUGAGAAUCAGCAGCUGCAGCCCGAGAAUCAGCAGCUCCAGCCUGAGAAUCAGCAGCCCCAGCCUGAGAAUCAGCAGCCCCAGCAUGCUAAGACAGCUUAUGAGUAG